UUCAUUCAGCAUGUAAAAUAUCAGGGUUACGAGCAGUGGGAGGUUAAACUACGCUCAGAUAAGAUUUUGUUAUUUCGUGUAUUAAAAAAUAAAUAUUUUUAAUAUUUUGCUUACGAUCAAGAUAAAUAAGAUGUCACUUAGAGAUAUCAUGUGGUUGUUGUUGUUGUAUAUAACUCCUGUUGAAUCCUUGGAUACGUUAUUACCAGAAAGACUUAAACCAGGUGAAACAGGAAAAUACAUUUACACCGAGGAUGGUGUUACAUUUAAGCAUUGCCUGUAUUGCGAUGUAACAAAGGCUUUCCAAAAUGACGAGAGUAACAAGCGCCACCAGGAAUAUCGUUGUGGGGACAAGUAUUCCAAUAUCACGGCAGAAAUAACGCCAUAUGAAAGAGACAACAAACUUUAUCCAGUUUGUAAAAUCGGAACAACUCCAGGAUGCGGGCCUCCACCAGACGACCACAAAACAGCAGACGACAAAUGGGUAUGUGAUCUGGGGUAUAGCAACGUGAAUUAUUCCGUGUAUUUCUCAUGUUCCUUAGUCAACAAACAUACGCAAGCAGUCACGUGGUCUUACUACUGCAACGAGAGUCUGCAGUGGGACGUGACAAUACGCCAGUCAAUUGAAGUAACAACGAGGACACAUACAACAGAUGGAGGCGUCUUUAAAGACGUGUUGAUAGCUGUAGGUGCGCUUCUGGUGUUACUUGUCAUCAUUCUCAGUAUAACAAUCGUCUAUAUAUUAUGUUAUAAAGGAAGACAUCGUGAUGAAGAUAGUUCACACGAUCCUGAAAGUAAGAGUGCUUUGAUGAACGUCCAAAUACCGUCACUUACAAGUGACAAAGGUCUUGAGGCCUCGACGCCCUUGAAUACUAGUAGAAGUUUCACAGGAAGUGAUAUCACUGAAUCAACAAACGCUGACGACAAACCGGAAAGCAGCGAUAUGUCGUCUAUCGAGAGGUUACCCCCUUAUGGUCAAGAGGAGACUAAAAAUACGGGGUGUCAGACUGACCUCCGAUCUCGACUCCCCAACAACAGUUUGGAAAGUCAGGUACAACAUCAUGACGAAACAGAAACACUUCCAAGAGUACGUGCAGAGAUUCAACGCUCACUGACCAGUGACAAUUGGGACUAUCAAUGUCCAGCCAGCCAUUUUCCUGAUAAAUGUCCACUUAAAAAUGCUGAUAACAACCAGGGCAGACCAAGAUGCGUCAAUGAUCUUAAUAAAGCAGACGAUAACUCUUAUCGUAAAGAGAUCGUAAGAAGUGAACGUCCAAACCCGCUCGGAAAUAUUUCAAACAACGUAUGUUCGGACUUUGGUUGUUUUGAUGACGAAGAUGACAAUCGUCACAAUACGGAACUCAAGCAAAUAGUAAAUGAACGUGUGACAGAGUGUAAGAAAAGCAACAACUGCAAAUCUCCUCAUAGUUAUCUAUCUCGGCGUAGUAAUAGAGACACCUCCCUUCUACCAUCAUUACAAGGCGGGUCCUCACAACAAUGCGAAUCUCAGCGCCCAUCACAGCGCGCAUCACAGCGCGCAGAACAAACUUUUGAAGUAACCAAUGAAAUACAGGGUGAUGAAGACAGUUUUGAAAUCAAAUCAUAUGACCUGAAAUCUUAAAAUGAAAAUAUUUCACAAAACGUUCAAAGUUUGAGGAAAAAAGAGAUUCAAAAUAACUUAUAGGGCUAAAUAGUUAUAAAUGUGCCUUUAAAAAGUAUUUUAAUGUUAAUGCAUAUAAUAUUAUUAUAAUUAUAUUUAUUUCUCAUGAACAGAUCAACUCCUACAUAAACUUGUAAAUGAAAAGAGUCAAGAACAUGCUUCUUUGACGUGAGAGUCAAUUUUUACCGUCCCUCAUAAAAUCCAAUUUGAUCUCCUCGGUUUUUAUGCUUCCAAUAGACCUCUGACAUAAUAAGGUGAAAUAUAAUUGGAACUACUUUCAGUCACAUGGUAAAAUGGCCGCCUCCAUGUGGCGCCUUUGUGAUAAACGUGAUAGAGAUAUGUUUCUUUUAUAAAGUGGAAGACGGAAUAACAGUGAUAUUUUGAAAUUGAUAAUAGUCACCUACUGAGUCAGGCAUAGACAAAGUUUGUAGAAGUUGAAGGAGAACGUUAUUAUCUUGCGAACACUGCCAUAUAACCUGGGAGAUUGCAGUAUACGUGUUUUGGCAAAUUUCGACAUAUCCGGGAAUGUUUUGGUAAGCGUCGAAAUGACUACAUGUAUUAGCAACGUCAAUUAGUGUGGGUAGAUAGAUAUACGGUACUAAAUGUUUGUCAAAGUCAAGCCGGAACACAAUGAAUAUUUCAGUGAGGAAUAUGUAUAUUUUUUAUAUAUAUCACCGACUGAAAUAUCCUAACAGCUACGCCUAACUACUAAAUGGAUAUGAUUCCGAUGACAUAUAUGUACUUAAGUGGUACAGCCAUUUGAGCCGCGCCAUGACAAAACCAACAUUGUGGGUUUGCGACCAGCAUGGAUCCAGACCAGCCUGCGCAUCCGCGAUCCAUGCUGUUCGCUUACCAACCCUAUUACAAGUAGCAAAACUGAUAGCGAACAGCAUGGAUCCUGAUCAGACUGCGCGGAUGCGCAGGCUGGUUUGGAUUCAUGCUUGUCGCAAACCCAUUAUGUUAGUUUUGUCAUGGCACGGCUCAUUUAAAAGAUGAAUUACUGUGUUACAAUAUAACAAUAUAACAAUUUAUACAUGUAUUAACGGUAUAAGUGAAUGUCUGUCGAAAUUUGUUAAGAAAAUGCACAGGUACUUGAAAUUAUAUCAAUAUUAACGAUAAUAUGCAAAAUAUACCCCCUAAAUAGUAUAGUGUUUAUUUAUACUAAAAAGGGGGUAUUUUUGGAUAUUAUUAUUAAUAUACAAUGUAAUGGUUAUUUGAUAGAAUUUCAAGUUCACGUGGAACAUGAUUACUUUCGGUGCAAACAUACGUGUAUCAGUUUACUUACAAUCAAAUUGACCUGAAUAUAUUGUUCAGUGUAUUUAUAUACAAAUGUAUUUGCUAAGUUUGAAGGCCUGCAAAUUGUUGAUCUCAAAUUGUUUUAUUGCAAAAGUGUGUUGUUUAAUCUUUGCCCGGUGCGCAUGUAUUUAUGUAUUCAUGUAUAAUAAACCUGCUGCUUUAAUUUGCCCUGCUUUAAUUUGCCCUGCUUUAGUUUUGAAACAAUCUAUAUUUAAUGAAUGGGAGUUCAGUUAGAACAAAUAUAAUUUUAAUUACAACCAGCUUUAGACAGCCCGGUGUGGUACCAAUCGAAAUUGGUCACCAUGGGGUAAACUGUAUAUUCCCAAUUUAUAUUUGCAUGUUGUUGCAGGGCAAUGGAAUGAAUCCGCUUUAAAUUAUAGUUUAAAUGUGCAGUUUAAAUGUACAGGUUUUAUAGUUAUAUGUAUGUCAUUUAUGAAUUAUGUAUUGCUUAAAUCUAUGUUUAUUAAGUUUUUUAUAUUUUUAUACCUCCAAAAUGUAAAUAGUUUGUUGUUAAUAUAUAGUGAGUAAAGUAUUGCUGAUUAAAAAUUAUAUGCUGA